AUGUUGGACAAACUGCCGAAUGAAAUUGGUGUCAAAAUUUUUGAAAAUUUGGACAAGAAAACACUUUGUUGGUGUCGUGAGGUAUCACAAUUGAUGUGCGCUCGUGCAAACUUGGCGAUAAGCAAAAUAGAAGAGUUGGAGGUGAACGGACUGACAUACAUAUUCCGUGGUAACAGGGGAACAUUGAAUGAGCUCUUCCAAUUUUUGUCGUUGUUUAAAAAUGUAAAAUACCUGUCUCUGCGGAAUUUGCCGUUUGAUAUUACUAAACUUCGAUUGGAAAAAAUAGCUGAAAUUUUAAAACACGUUGAAAAACUGGAAAUCGACGAGCAACAAUCAAAAUAUCUUGAAGAGGAAUCGCUUUUUGCAUUGGACAAAUUCAGGAAUCUGACAGAUCUCAAGAUCGUUGGUUAUACGCCGGUUCGCACUAAAAAUGAUAAUCAAGAUAUCAUUCCACGAAAGACAUUGCGCCGUUUGAAGAGUUUAGAAAUUUCUUGUCUCCGCAAAACUAUAACCCUAUUUGUCAACGAUUUGAAGCGUAAAAACAUUGUAAUGGAAAAUUUGGAAUCGGUGAAGUUCGAUUUCCGAACAUCGAACCCGGAACAGCCCACUAAAAUAUGUGAGUUCGUGAAAGCCCACCCUCAACUCCAGUCUGUCGAGAUUGUUGGAAUGCUCUUCUGCUCAAGCUCGCAACUUCAAAAUGUUUAUAACAUUAUACGAGAGCUUGAGAAUCUGAAGCGUGUCAGCAUGGCAAAAUGCAGUCUUAUUGAUAGACUUGACAACACUGUACAACAGGAGUUCGAGGCCGAAAUGAAGCGCCGCGGUGUCGAUUUGGUUUCGGGCGUGAAGAGCAUGCGUUAUGGCUCCAGCUACAUCUAA